AUGUCCGAAGUCAAGAGAGUCUGGCUAAUCACUGGUGCAUCCAGUAAUUUCGGUAUCGCCUUAACGCGCGCUCUGCUCAAAGCCGGCCAUCGCGUAGUUGCUGCGGCGCGAACGAUCUCCAAGAUACCCUUCGUUACUCACGAUGAGCUCCUGGUCCUGCCAAUGGACGUGAGCGAGCCUGCAUCUAUCUCCAGGGCCUUUGAGGAAGCAGUGAAGGCUUUCGGGCGCAUCGAUGUCGUCGUGAACAAGGCCGGAGUUCACGUGUGUGGCGAGUUGGAGAGUAUCCCCGAAGCAGCGGCUCGGGAGAUGUGCGAUGUUCAGCUUUGGGGACCGGCCCGUAUACAAGCAGAGGCCAUGGCGAUAUUCGAGGCGCAACAGAGCGAAGGGCUGGUCAUCAACAUCUCAUCUGCUCUGGCAGUCUUCAACGCUCCCCUGCGUUCCAUGAUAUCUUCAUCCAAGGCAGCCGCAGAGGCUCUGACUCUUGCUAGGGCUCGCACGUCUCCGUUCGCUUCGGCUAUCAACGUUCGACCUGGCGCUUUCGAGAAAGAGCCCAAGACAGACUUCUACCCUCAACUCGCCGCCUACGCUUCCAACGAUUUAGGUCGCACCAUCGCUGGCUCGAUGCGCAAGCAAGGCUCGCCACCUCCAGGCAUAGGCGAUGUUAAUAAGAUGGCCGCCUCCGUCAUCGCUCUUGCAGAACUCCCUAGAGAGUUGCGUCCCAAGUCUGUUUCGCUCGGAAGCGAUGCCUAUUCGAUGGCUCUGGUUUGCGCGAAAAAACGAGUGGAUCAUCUGCAGUAUGGGCAGCGUCUAUUGAGGCGGCUCAGGGAGAAUGGCUCUAGUCCUCGGAUCACUUCUCCUCAGGUUUGGUUUGUUGCGAAUGCAACGUCGACUCUCGGACUAGCUUUAGUUCGUAUGCUACUCUCUUCGGGGCAACGCGUCGCCGCCGUCGUGGAAUCCCGCUCAUCUGCACCAUUUCGCGCCGCCGAAGAUGCACUUCUGUUCCUCGAGCAAUCGUCACCAGACAGUGAGACGUUAGAGGCAGCUCUUGUGACUGCAGCUAGUUAUUUCGGGCGCGUGGACAUCGUCGUGAAUGUUUUCUCUCCAAAACAACCCUCUAGCAAGGACGAAUGGCUUGCCGCUCAAGCGCUCUUUGAGCGCGUCUUUUGGAACCCCAUCCUGGUUUGCCGUGCUGCUGUCAAGAUCUUUAGAGAACGCAAUCCAGCUGGCGCUGGUGGCCGCAUCUUCAAUGUACUUGCAACCCCCGACUCCGAAGACCAUGCUGCCAGCUAUCACAAUGCGGCUAACACCGCCACCAAUGCAGCAUCGACGUCCCUAGUCCGCGAACUACCGGGCAAAUGGAACAUCGCCGCCGCCACUCUCACCCUCGAUCCAAAACUAUUUGAAGAGGACGCAACCGCCCGUAUAUUGCUGCGGCUUGCGGGUGUGCCGAAUGCAAAGCUACCCAGUCAACUUCCGAUAGGACCCCGCGCCCUCGCUAUUGCUCAGCAUGCGGCCGAAGCAGAACUGUCCGAGGUCACAUCAGAAGGCGCGAUGACGCGUGCAAUGGCGACGGACUACGCGCACAUCGAUGGACGAGCGCGUAUUGGGCUUACCGAGGCCAUCUUCACCAUGGUCUUGUCGCCUUCGCCAUCUAUCAUCGGUUGGAUAGUGUCGGCACUUUCUGUGCUGGGAUGGGGCCUACGACUCGUGGCCUACGAGAAGGUUCUCAGUCGAUGCGAAAACCAUCCGAUCUCGCAGUGA